AUGAAAAAUGAUUUAAUUCUAAGAGCUGCCAAAGGAGAGAAGGUAGAGAGGCCUCCCUGCUGGAUAAUGCGCCAAGCUGGUCGUUAUUUACCUGAAUAUCACGAAGUUAAAGCUGGACGCGACUUUUUUGAAACUUGCCGUGAUGCUGAAGUUGCUUCUGAGAUCACUAUUCAACCAGUUAGAAGAUACAAGGGUCUUUUGGAUGCAGCAAUUAUCUUCAGCGAUAUAUUGGUCAUUCCACAAGCUUUAGGAAUGGAGGUUCAGCUAAUUGAUGGCAAGGGCCCAAAUUUUCCAAAUCCAAUCAGAACUAUAGAAGAUGCUCAGAAAGUUCUGGAUUAUAAGGUAGACUUGUUUACAGAAUUAGGGUGGGCUUUUGAUUCUAUUACUCUUACAAGAAAGAAAUUAAAUGGAGAUGUUCCAUUAUUUGGAUUUUGUGGUGCUCCAUGGACUUUAUUGGUUUACAUGACUGAAGGUGGUGGUUCAAGAUUAUUUAAUUAUGCCAAAGAAUGGCUGAACAAAUAUCCAGAAGUUAGCCAUAAAUUGUUACAAAAGAUUACUGAUGUUGCCGUAGAAUUCUUAUCACAACAAGUGGUAGCGGGUGCUCAAAUUUUACAGGUUUUUGAAAGUUGGGGUGGUGAAUUAUCCUCUAUGGAUUUUAAUGAAUUCUCAUUACCUUAUUUGAAACAAAUUGCUAAAAAGGUACCAUUAAGAUUAAAGGAAUUAGGCAUUAAAGAAACAGUUCCAAUUGUUGUCUUUGCAAAAAAUUCUUGGUAUGCUCUUGAUAAGUUAUGCGAUGCAGGCUAUAAUGUAGUCUCAUUAGAUUGGUCUUGGGACCCAAAAGAGGCUGUCAAGAUUAAUAACAAUAGAGUUGUUUUGCAAGGUAAUCUUGAUCCAGGGGUUAUCUACGGUUCAGAUGAAAUUAUUACUCAAAAGACGGAAUAUAUGAUUACUGCAUUUGGAGGUGGUAAACAAAAUUACAUUGUAAACUUCGGUCAUGGUACCCAUCCUGGCAUGGAUACUGAAAAGAUUAAAUUCUUCCUACAAGAAUGUCAUCGUAUUGGAUCCAGAGAAUGA